GAGAGAGAGAGAGAGAGAGACAGGGAGAGACAGGAGGAGAGAGGGAGAGACAGGGAGAGAGAGAGAGGGGUCAGUCGUGAUGAGCGGAGGUUGACUCCUGGUGACGCAAAGAGAGACCGAGCUGGGUGAAUGGAGGAGGCAGACAGAAUGGCUGCCCGGUGCCGCAGCUCCAAAUGCACGGUAGAAAGGAACGGAUUCAAGCGGGAACUCGAUACCUGGCGGCACAAACUGAUCAACUGCGUCGGGUUCGAGAGCAUUCUGGAGGGAAUCUAUGGCCCGUUGCUGCUCAGAGACCUCAAUAUUUUUGAUGACUGUGAACCCGAGGAGCUAGAAGACUGGGCAGUGAAAGCCAGUUGUUCCUUCUGCAGCCUGCUGAUCAAUGACCAUGUCCCAGUGGCCGCCUCCCCCUCAGACGACACGCCCUCCCAAGCCCCUUCCCUCUCGGACAGCAGCCUAUCAGCUCACAGGUUCCUCCACGCUGUGUUCCAUAAGAAAGAGCUGGCGUCCAGCGGAGACCCUAACGUCCCUCUGGUGGCCCAGGAACUGAUGAAGAGGAUGGUGAGGCAGUUUGCCAUGGAGUACGCCUCCAAGACACGCCUUACCACCACCACAGGCUCCCCGCGUUCUGACCUCGACUCACCUCUCGACCUCACUGUGACACGGAACCAGGAGGAGGAACCCACACCAGCGGACAGUGUGCUCGACCUCUCCAAGCGGAACUCUGCCAGCUCGGCCUCCACGUCGCCCACCAUUCACAAAGCCUCAGGCUCCCCGUUGCCCCCGGUUACGGAUGAACCCCAGAGGGAAGCAGAGGAUGCUGGGAUGCCCGAUGCUCCAAGUGAGAGGAGCUCUGCUCUGGAGGCGGUGCGCUCCUCUUUAUGCCCCGCCCAUCGCUCUCUGCUCCAGCGAAUCCUGAGGCUCGCCCACCAGCAGCACCGUCUAUCAUUGGCCUACAGGGACGCCCAUCACCGCCUCGUCCCGCCCCCAGACCCUCUCUGCGGCCACCUGGUGGCCAAACAACAGGACGACACCUCCUCUCCUCCUUCCUUCACUGGCUGUUGGAGCCGUAGUGGAGCCACGCGUCCGACUGACUGGAAGACACCAGGUGGUCCAGGCUGUUGCUGCUGGCUGCCUCCUGUCUGUUUCUGCCUCCAGAGCCUCCGCUGCCUGUCCUGCCAGAGCCUGUCCCUGGGACACAUCACCACUGGGGUUCGCACCUCCUCUUCUCUGUGCUCUUUCACGUCCUCCUCUUCUCGUUCAUCCUCCGCUCUGUGCCCUAAUCCCUCAGUCUGUCCCGUGGCCUCUGUCUGUUGCUCCAACCCCCAGCCCUGCGCCUCCUGCUGCUCAGAACACACCUACCUGGCCCCGGUCAGACACACAGCCCCGGGAGGAGGAGGAGGAAGCGAGUGCCCUGUCCUCAAGAGAGAGCGAUCCCGCACCCCCUCUCCUCCCCCUCUCUCCCCCAUACCCUCAGACAUGGACGGUAAGGAGGAAGACAAGCCUCCCUCUCUUCUGCAACAGGAGGGGGAAAAAGAGGAGGAGGCUGGGUGUGGUGGGACGGUGGGUGAGGACAGGGAGCAGCAGGACCUGGUGGAGCGUUUCAGUGACAAACUAAAGACAAUCAGACCCCAGGAGAAGGAUCCUCCACUCAGCUCUGCCUUAGCCAAUCACAACCUAGAGAAGGAUCCCCACCUGACGACCUCGGCCAAUCAGCACAUUGCAGAGUCCCAGGCCGACGCCCACCUGAGUGAGAUCAUCACCACCGUUCUGAACACGGGUGGCGGCAGCGACUACAGCCUAAACGACAUGUUGCAUCACCAUGACAACAACGAGAGCCAUCCACCUCGGACGCGUUCCCGGCGGCGACAGGAGGCCCUGGCUGCCAUGGCGACUUUGCCCGACCAGUCGUCCACCCGGCGCCAGACUUUGCUAAUCAAACGGGAGCUGGCCAGGCUGAACCAAUCGCUGGGCAGGAGGCUGUCGCUAGGGAAGAACAAGAGCCGCAGUGCCACGCCCUUUUCUACAUGCUCCUCACCUGAACCAACCCCCGUUACAGCAGAGAUAGACAGAAUCACAGAGGAGGAGGGCGAGACCGGUAGAGUGAAGGAGGGCGAGACCGGUAGAGUGAAGGAGGGCGAGACCGGUAGAGUGAAGGAGGGCGAGACCGGUAGAGUGAAGGAGGGCGAGACCGGUAGAGUGAAGGAGGGCGAGACCGGUAGAGUGAAGGAGGGAGAGACCGGUAGAGUGAAGGAGGGCGAGACCGGUAGAGUGAAGGAGGGCGAGACCGGUAGAGUGAAGGAGGGCGAGACCGGUAGAGUGAAGGAGGGAGAGACCGGUAGAGUGAAGGAGGGCGAGACCGGUAGAGUGAAGGAGGGCGAGACCGGUAGAGUGAAGGAGGGCGAGACCGGUAGAGUGAAGGAGGGAGAGACUGGUAGAGUGAAGGAGGGCGAGACCGGUAGAGUGAAGGAGGGCGAGACCAGUAGAGUGAAGGAGGGAGAAACCGGUAGAGUGAAGGAGGGCGCAACGGAGAAGGUGACAGCAGAGGAGGGAGGUCCAGUGAGAGUCACGAAGGAUAGAGUCGGCAUGAAGGAGGAGAUGGAGAAACUCCCAGUCCUCUCCUCUACACAACAGAGUCCCCCGCAGGAGGACCAACACAAACCAGAGAGCUGGAACAUCACCUGUCAGGACAGCAGUAGGAGUGACCUCCCUAAGAAGAGGAGAGAGGAGGAGUCACCAGGUUGUACCAGCUGUGGUCUUCCUGAGAGGAGUAGAGAGGAAGAGGAGGAGUCACCAGGUAGUACCAGCAGUGCCUGUGACCAUGGCAGUGGUCUUCCUGAGAGGAGUAGAGAGGAAGAGGAGGAGUCACCAGGUAGUACCAGCAGCGCCUGUGACCAUGGCAGUGGUCUUCCUGAGAGGAGUAGAGAGGAAGAGGAGUCACCAGGUAGUACCAGCAGUGGUCUUCCUGAGAGGAGUAGAGAGGAAGAGGAGGAGUCACCAGGUAGUACCAGCAGUGGUCUUCCUGAGAGGAGUAGAGAGGAAGAGGAGGAGACAGCAGGCAGCAGCAAGGACAGUAGCAGAGUGUCAGCCAGGAAUAGCCCUUCCCACCCCUGCAGAACCAGGAGAGGCAGCAGGUCCCAGCCAGGCUGCAGCAGCCAGGUGGUGGUGGGGAGGAGCAGCCAGGCUGGGAGGUCCAGGAGGAGCAUCGUCCCUCCCCAGCGGUUCUCCUCCUACGUCACAGAGCCCAGGAUGAUGUAUUCUGCUGCCUGUUUCUCAGAGAGGAUCUUCUCCGCCCCGAGGACGCCAAAGGAUCGGCAACCACUCAAUGCCCCCAACACCAAUCGCGCAGACUCCCCGUCCUCGGCCACAGACACAGCUGAGGGGUUGGGCGAAGCAAGAGAAGAGGAAUUACCGCUGGCAUCCAGUCCUGAGGAUGUCAGUCAGGAGAGGAGGGGAGGCAGAGGCUGUAGAUCAACAGCAAGAGGUCAGAGUUCAGACCGUGAGUCACAGAGACGAGGUCAGGUGAUUCCCGUCACUGCAGCUUCCUCUGAGCAGCAGAGUCCCCCUAAACACCGCUCCCCGAACAGGGCGGACGUUAGGCUCAGAGCAGCCAAACCUUUUGGGCGCUUACGCUCCUCCCACUCCGGCCAACAGUCCCAACCAGCGAGCCCUCAGACAGCCUCCAGGCCAGAGGUCCCCACUGGUCAGCCUCAGUACAUCAGCCCCAUCAAGCUGAUGUUUGUGUCUGCAGUAGUGGGUGAGGAGGGGGUGAGGUACACCCUGAAGGCGGCUGCACCAGGAUCCAGCUGGCAUGGACAGGAGACCUUUGACCCCUGUGAGGAGUCAUCGUGGGCUGGAAGUCCAGAGAAGACCCCAGAGAAGACUAGGAGUCCACCGAAGACCAGGAGUCCCCUCCAGACCAGUAGUCCACCGAAGACCAGGAGUCCACCGAAGACCAGGAGUCCCCUCCAGACCAGGAGUCCACCCAAGAACACCAUAUCAUCAUCACCAAAGCUGUGUGGAACGAUGAGAGGAGGAGAGGGGGGUAGCCCGCCAAAACGCUCUCCCGGGUCCCAGAACGGAGACGGCUCGCCUCCUUUUCGUGAAACCACCCCCACAAAGAGACGUCCGGGACGUCCCAAGAAACUGGGCCCCCAGCUGGAGAAGAGGGCCAAGAGGCCGAUCGGCCGCCCGCCCAAGCAAAGGGGUGUAGAGCCGAGCUGUGGCUCCAGGCAGGGUGGUCAGGACCUGUCCAGUGGAGUUCCCUUAGGCUGCAGCACCGGGGAGGAGGGCAACGAGGAGAGAGACCCAGCCAACAGGAACCUAAAGAUCACCGUGGUGUACGGACGCUCCCACAGGACCAAGAGGACAGUGUCGGAGGAGGCUGCUUGUCUCCAGGCUACAGAGCAGCUGAUGGAUCUGAACUUCGUCAGACCGGUGAAGGAGAAGAGGUUCGCUCCCCACGCCAGCAACAGCAGCAACAUUAUCAAGUGCCAGAAGCUGCAGUGUACCGCGGCCAUGCGUCGUCCAGGGAGACCCGCCAAGGUCAAGAUCUCCGGAAUCUCCGUUACCGUCACCACCACGUCGCCGGGGAAACGCAAGAUCCACAUGAACCGGGACACAGCCAGGAAAUCUCCGGAGAAGCUCUGUCAGCGGAAAGCCCUCCUUCCUGAACCCCAGCCUUCCAAAGAGCCCAGGAAAAUCAGCAGCAAGCCCACUAGCGAGGACGCCACUCGGAUGCAGAUAGAGAGAACGACAGAGUCCAAGGAUGGAGCGAGGGAGCGACAGACCCAGACCCCUCCUGUGUUGGCGGUGCGUCACUCUGUGAGGGUGAGGAAGCCUUCAGUGUACCUGCUUCACUCUGUAGCCACCUCCACCUCUAGGUCCCUGAGCCACAGUACCGCCCUGCUGCGCCGAUCCAGACAGCUACUGAUCAACAGGGCCAGCAGCAAGGGCAGCCAUCGCAAGAGGAAGGAGGAGGGAGGAGAGGACUCCCCAGGGCAGGAGGAGCUGCUGUCCGGGAGGGAGGAGAGGAGGAGCGAGGGAAGAGGAGGGGUGUUGUGUGAGGACCUGAGCCAGGUAGCGGGGGUUUCAGUAGACUCCAUUUUCCCGGCCAGCUCCAGCGAGGCGUUGAGGUGGUGGCCCGUCUCCUCCGACCAGGACAGCCUGAACCAAGAGCUGGCUCGCAGGAUCCGCCUCAUAUCCCAAAGCUGGGUCGCUGCCGAUACCACCCACACCACCAGGACGGCGACGAUCAUGUCCGCCAAGCAGCGACUCGACGACGACUCUUUGUCCUCCUGGAAGCCAGAGGUUGGGUCGGCAGUGCGGCUGCUGUUUGACCGGCGCUGCAGCGUGGAGAGGCUGGCCUCCUGGUUCAUGCAGACCACUGAGACUCAGUCUCUGGGCAUUGUGAAGAAGACCAGCUCCCGAAACCCCUAUGAGCUCCUGCACUACCCCCGGAACGCCAGCAGGGAGAGCGUCUUUCCCAGCCCGCAGACCAUGCGACUACGCAAACACAUCAAGAAGUUUGCCAAAGCUGUGCCGAAGAGCCCCGCCCAGCUCCGUCUGGCCCAGGAGCGGCUCCGACGUGGAAGAGAGCUGAACGCCAGGCGGCGUCUGUUCACUGCGAGGCCGGCGUCUGGCGGGCUGCGUCUCAGAGCUCCUUGGAGGAAGGUCAGGGCCCUCGGGACGUACAGAACCACUCUGCUCAGAGUCAGAGAAAAGUUCCUCACCUGGACCCUCAGAGCCAAGCAGCCCAACAGGCUGAUCUGGAGGAGAAGCCUGGUGGAGGAAGGCAACUCACCUCACCAGGUCUGGCCUUCUGCUCAGCCCAGGAAGGAGCUCACCAGGUCUCCACAUCACCACUGUCUACCUGCCUCCUCAGAGACCAGUCAUCCCUGCAGCCCCGACCAGCUGACAGGCCUCACCAAACAGCAGCGUCUCAGCUCUAAAGCCUGGAGUCCAGAGAGACUGAAGGAGUGUUGCGUGUUCCUCAAGAAGAUCAACUCCCCCGACACAGAGUCCACCGUUGAGAAGGAGUGGGACGUCUGCACCGUCAAUCUAGAUGACACAUACUGCCCCGACGAGACCAGACAGGAGGAGAGGAGGGGAGAGGACGACAAAGCUGUGAAAACGGAGAGAAGGAAGAGGAGAGUUCCCUGGAAGGAGUCUAGUGGCUCGCCGCAGGAGGUGAUGGUUCAGGAGCACAACCAGGUCCGAGCCGGGAACAGGAAAGGCAAACAGAAAAAUUCAGGGAAGGCCACGAGCCAAUCACCGACCCCACCGCCAGCGAAAGCCACGAGCCAAUCACCGACCCCGCCGCCAGCGAAAGCCACGAGCCAAUCACCGACCUCGCCGCCAGCGAAAGCCACGAGCCAAUCACCGACCCCGCCACCAGCGAAAGCCACGAGCCAAUCACCGACCCCGCCGCCAACGAAAGUCAUGAGAAAAUCGCGUGGGAGGGGCCUGACCGGGCCGCGGUGGCGUGACUUUAUACUGGGAACCUGACUGUCCUCCGUCCCGUCUCCACGGUGACUGUGUUGUAACUGUAUUGGCGGGAAGGCUCCGUCUCCACGGUGACUGUGUUGUAACUGUAUUGGCGGGAAGGCUCCUCCCUCCGUCUCCGCGGUGACUGUGUUGUAACUGUAUUGGCGGGAAGGCUCCUCCCUCCGUCUCCACGGUGACUGUGUUGUAACUGUAUUGGCGGGAAGGCUCCUCCCUCCGUCUCCACGGUGACUGUGUUAUAACUGUAUUGGCGGGAAGGCUCCUCCCUCCGUCUCCGCGGUGACUGCGUGUAAUCAACUCGGUGCCUUCAGACUGCCGCUUGGCAUUAUGUAGCAGAAGGAAAAGUUUAACCAGAAGAAGCUUACCAUUGCACUAUUUUUUAACUAUUCAGCCCCCCCCCCACACACACACACACUGCUUUUAAAAAACCAAACUGUGUAUAUGUUUGUACAGAAUGUUUGUUUUUUAAACUUUGACACACCUUUCUUCUGCCUUGUCUGAUACAACGACCAACCCAUCAAGUUCUGUUGUAUAAUGAGCCUGGAGGCCCGUUUGGGAGAGUACACAUUCAAACACUGCAUCUACAAUGGCACCCUAUUUUAGACCAGAGCCCAAUGACACCCUAUUCCCUAUUUUAGACCAGAGCCCAAUGACACCCUAUUCCCUAUUUUAGACCAGAGCCCAAUGACACCCUAUUCCCUAUUUUAGACCAGAGCCCAAUGACACCCUAUUCCCUAUUUUAGACCAGAGCCCAAUGACACCCUAUUCCCUAUUUUAGACCAGAGCCCUAUGACACCCUAUUCCCUAUUUUAGACCAGAGCCCAAUGACACCCUAUUCCCUAUUUUAGACCAGAGCCCAAUGACACCCUAUUCCCUAUUUUAGACCAGAGCCCUAUGACACCCUAUUCCCUAUUUUAGACCAGAGCCC